UGUGCCAGAGCCCUAAAGAAUGCUGGGAGUUGUAGUUCACAGCAGUCGUAAGGCUAUAAGUUAAUUACUCUUUGCUUUAGUAUAGUAUGUUAUCUGCAGGCUUGCACCCUGACUGUCGGAAUUUUCUUUCAUCCAGGCAAUGACCCGUGUCAAACUCGAUUUCUUGGAUCAGCUGGGAAAAUUUUGGGAGCUGCAAGGUUCCGCGCUCAGAAUUCCAGUGGUGGAUGGCAAGCUGUUGGGUGUGUAUGCACUGAGCAAGGUGGUUUCCAGUGAGGGGGGCUUUGAGGUUGUCACUAAAGAGAAGAAAUGGUCUCAGGUGGGCAAUCGGAUGGGAUACCAGCCAGGCAAAGGCACAGGCUCUCUUCUGAAGUUGCACUAUGACCGAAUCCUCUACCCCUACGAGCUGUUCCAGUCUGGCGUCAGCCUGAUGGUAAGAAAUGCACCUAGAAUAUUCUAGAGAGAAACCUUCUGUUUCAGUUUUUAGUAAAGGUACCGGUAUAGGACCUGUUAUCCAGAAUGCUCGGGACCUGGGGCUUUUCAGAUAAGGGUUCUUUCCGUAAUUUGGAUCAUU